AUGCCAGCAGAAGUACUGGACGAAACCCCGAUGAUUAUUAAUGAUGAGAUACCAAUUAACUACAACGAGUACAAGUUACAACUUACCCUAAAAAACGUGGAAGAAAGACAUCCUGAAAACACAGAAACAGAAGAAACAAUAGAUGACUACCCGAGUGAGAUCCUGGAGGAAUAUUGUAGAGAAACACUGCCGGAAUUUAUUUAUGCCAAAGUCCCGAAAAACAAUAGUAUUGUAAUAGAGAGGAAGAAAAACGAUGACACAAUGGGAGAGCCAAAAGACACAAUAGACCAAGGAGGAGGGUUCGAUGUGAAUACUGGAAGUGGAAAAGAAAUUCAUGACGACACACCAAUAAGCUCUAAAAAACCUGUGAGAAAAGAAGAUCAAGAAUUCGAAGCUAGUAAAAACGAGCAA